AUGGAACAUCAACAACAGCGAGUGCAGCCUUCUACAAUAUCACCAACGCGGCAUCGUAAAAUCUAUUUUCCAUCGAGAAUUUUCACAACUCCGUUCGGAGAUCAACGACGUUUCUAUCAGAUGUCGAUCGAACAAAAAUAUCGAAGACAAUCAGAAUUAUCCCCGUAUGAGCGAAGUCGACCACCAUUAAGCUCGCCGUUAUCCCCAGGUCGCUAUAAAGAUGAUAAACGAGUUAUUCCUGUACUUUCAAAUCGAUUUUUAGUUAAACCGAAAAAGCAUAUUUCAAUGGAAGGAUCGUCAAAACGAAGAUUACUUUACGCCGUUCGAAAUCGCAUGGAAAGCAUGGAAAGAUCUGAUGUCGCAGAAAUAAUUAAUCAAUUAUCCAAGCUCUCAAUAAAUGAUUCGCCAAUAAGGCAGCAGGAAAAUUCAAACUCGCAAGAAAUUGUUACGUCAGAUUCGCACAUCUGGUCUGAAUCCUCACAUUUAAAUUCAUCGUCAGAUUAUCAUCACCUCCUUAAAAAGAAUGUAAAGCAUCAACAACACCCAACCAAUUUUUAA